GCUGCUCGGCUCGCGGGAGCGGCGGCGCAUGCGCGGGAGGCGGUGGUUGCCCUGGCAUCGCAGCUGAGGGAGCCGCAGCCCGUGAGGGGGACGGAGGGGAAGCGGCGGCGGCGGCGGCGCCCCUGAAACCCGGCUGCGUGAAGCGCGGGGAGCGGCCGGAGGAGGAAGAGGACCGCCCGGGCCCCGUCUUGGCCGAGAUGAGGGACCGCCUGGCCGAGCUGGCAGCGCGCACCCAAAAUGAAGAUGGAGAGGCAUCUGUUGUUGUUGAAAAUGACCAUUAUAUGGAAGACUUCUUCCAGCAGGUUGAGGAAGUUAGAAAGUACAUUACCAAAAUAGCAGACGUUGUGGAAGAAGUGAAGAAGAAGCACAGCGUUAUUCUUUCUGCCACACAUCCUAAAGACAAAACAAAGGAAGAACUUGAAGAACUGAACAAAGAGAUCAGGAAAACAGCAAAUAUUGUUCGUGCUAAAUUGAAAACCAUAGAACAAAAUUUAGCUCGACAUGAGAAUGUUAAUCGAACUUCAGCUGAUGUCAGAAUACGAAAGUCACAGCAUACAGUGUUGACCCGGAAGUUUGUGGAGGUCAUGACAACAUAUAAUACAACCCAGACAUGCUUUCGGGAACGUACCAAGGAUCAGAUACGGCGGCAGCUAGAAAUAACUGGAAAAAACACUUCUGAUGAAGAGCUGGAAGAAAUGCUGGAAAGUGGCAAUCUUUCUAUUUUCACUUCUGACAUUAUUUUAGACACCAAAAUUACUAGAGAAGCUCUUGAUGAAAUCGAGUCACGUCACAAAGAUAUUAUAAAACUGGAAUCCAGUAUACAUGAGCUGCACGAAAUGUUUAUGGACAUGGCAAUGCUUGUUGAGGUUCAGGGUGACAUGGUCAACAGCAUAGAGAAAAAUGUGAUGAAUGCAGUCGAUUAUGUAGAACAUGCAAAAGAAGAGACGAAAAAAGCAGUUAAAUACCAAAGCAAGGCUCGCAGGAAAAAGUGGAUAAUACUCAUUAUAGUGCUGGUGCUGCUUGCUGUACUUGCUUUAAUAAUUGGCUUGUCGGUCGGGAUUAAGUGAUGCUUCGAUAACCUCAGCAUGCAGCCUCGCUCUGCUGUUGUGCAAAAUUGGUGUUCAUAAUAAUUUGUGUAGCCGUAAUCCUUCUAAUCCUUGGAAUUGUCCUAGCAGCGACUUUCUCAUAACGAACAGCACAUUCCAAGAGUUUGGGAUCUUCUGAAUCACACAUGCAGGGAAACCAGCGUGGCCUAGUUCUUGUAAAGAUGCCUUUUCUUGCCAUAAUGAAUGUUUCUUUUGCAGGAUUGGCCAUUUACUAGCUAUUUAAGUAGUCAAUAGCACUUACGUUUUAUUCCUGCAAAUCGGAACCAAAUUUUAACCACGGUUGUUGUUUUUUCUUCUUCCAAACAAGAAAAAGCUAGAAAGCCUAUCAUAUGGACAUGUAACCUUGAAAGCUGCUAAACCUUUUCUGCACUAACUAAUUUGAAAAUGAAUUCCAACUUUAGGUACAUCAGUGUUACCAGCAUAGAAUUAGGGAAUUAGUUUGUUUUUUGUUUGUUUUUUUGUUUUGCCAGAAGCAUUCAGCUUUUGAAAUUUGGCUUCAUUUUUUCCACUAUUAAUUAUUAGCAUAACAAUCUUGUUUAAAAUUAAAGCAGCCACAUUCUCUUAAUAACUGUUUGACUUCAAUCCUAAACACUUUUACUUUGGAGGUAGGUCACACUGAAGCAACUGGAUUUACUCUGAAGUAAAUGUGAUUGAGAUUGAGAUGUGAAGUGGCUUUCUCUUGUCUCCAGUUUUAAUGUUGAAAAACGGUCUUAAAACUACAGGUCUUCAGAUUUGUAUGUGAUAUUUUUUUAAAAGCAAAUAAUUUUUUUAUAUUCAUUUUUAUUAGCGUCAACGCAAACAAGUAGAAGUUGAAGUGCCUCUUUAACAGUGACCUCAUCAACUCUUUGUUUUUAAAACUUAAACUCUAUUAUGAAUAACUUUUAAUCUGCGCUUUAAAACUAUUUCUUUUUGAAGAAGAUCCACUCCACUGUGAAGUUUGCUAAGUGCUCUCUCUGUGUGUGUUCUUUCAGAGUUUUGUUAUGAAAUGCUUAAAGGACACAAGAUUUAUUGAGAUGAAUGAGUAGUGCUCACAUAUUCUGCAGUCCAUGCUAGGGAGCCUUCCAUUCACUUCAGUGGAAGGGAGGGAAGCUUUGCAUGCUUCUUCAGCCACCGCCGCUGAAGUGAAUGGGGAAGCCUUCAUGGGUGGCACUGCUCUAAAGAUCCAUUUGGCAAAGGACCUUUGGGUCCAGAUUCUCUUCUCUUGUGCAAGUCCUGUUAAUUUUAGCAAGACCUGCACCUGAGGCUGAUUUAGUGGGCUGUGUUCAAAAUGCCGAGUAAGAAAAUGGGCUCCAAUAA